AUGCCUGGCUCCUCGCGCCUGCCCGUCAGUCUCCGCGACACGUUCAAUGCGCACCGAGGGACGCCCAAGGGCCAGCUCGCCGUGCUGAACAUCGAAGUGCUGCGAAACAUUGUCUUCAUCCUCUUCCUUCUUCGCUGGACCAGAGUCCUCUUCUACCAGCUCAAGGGCCGCGGCAUCUUCGGCUCGCUGUCUGACCUCUAUGUCGCCGUGAGACGCUAUCUCUACGGCGUCUUCCUGCGGCUGCCCGGCGUGCGGACCAAGGUGCAGACGCAGAUCUCCGAGACGCUGCUCAAGCUCGAGCGCAAGUUGGUCCCCAGCGGACCUGGCAUCGAGCGCAUCACGACGCUGCCGAACCAGGGAUGGAGCGAGGAGGAAGUGCGCAAGAAGCUCGGCGAGCUGGCUGAUAUGGAGCACACGCGCUGGGAGGACGGCCGUGUCAGCGGUGCCGUCUACCACGGCGGGGAGGCGCUGAUGAGGCUCCAGACGGAGGCGUUUGGCAAGUUCACCGUUGCAAAUCCGAUCCAUCCGGAUGUCUUCCCCGGCGUCAGGAAGAUGGAGGCCGAGAUCGUGGCCAUGGUGCUGUCACUCUUCAGCGCGCCCGAGGGCGCAGUGGGCGUGACCACCAGCGGCGGCACAGAGUCGAUCCUCAUGGCCUGUCUCUCUGCACGCAACAAGGCUUACAACGAGCGCGGCGUCACCCAGCCCGAGAUGAUCCUCCCGGAGACGGCACACACAGCCUUCCGCAAGGCCGGCGAGUACUUCAAGAUCAAGGUCCACCUCGUCGCCUGCAAAGCGCCCACCUACAAGGUCCACCUGCCCUCGGUCUCGCGCCUCAUCAACCCCAACACGGUCCUGCUCGUCGGCAGCGCCCCCAACUUCCCCCACGGCAUCAUCGACGACAUCUCCGGCCUCAGCAAGCUCGCACACAAGAAGAAGCUGCCCCUGCAUGUCGACUGCUGCCUGGGCUCCUUCAUCAUCCCGCUUCUGCCCAAAGCCGGCUUCGACUUCGAGCCCUUUGACUUCCGCCUCAAGGGCGUGACGAGCAUAUCGUGCGACACGCACAAGUACGGCUUCGCACCCAAGGGCAACAGCACGGUGCUGUACCGCUCCGACGCGCUGCGCAAGUACCAGUACUUCAUCUCGCCUGACUGGUCCGGCGGCGUGUACGCCUCGCCAUCGAUUGCCGGCUCGCGCCCGGGCGCCCUGAUCGCCGGGUGCUGGGCCAGCCUGGUCUCGCAGGGCGAAAGCGGAUACAUAGCCGCGUGCCACCAGAUUGUCGGCGGCAUGAAGAAGAUUGAGACGGCGGUGCGCGAGAAGCCUGAACUCAACGCCGAUUUGAAAAUAAUCGGUCGGCCCCUGGUUAGCGUCGUCGCUUUCCUCUCGGAGACCCUCGAUAUCUACGACGUCGCCGACGGAAUGAGCGGCAAGGGCUGGCAUCUCAAUGCCCUGCAGAACCCGCCUGCCAUCCACAUAGCCGUCACGCUGCCAAUUGUUGCGGUUGUCGACAAGAUGAUUGCCGACCUGGUCGAUGUCGUCGAGGACGUCAAGGAGCAGGAGAGGAAGAGGGUUGCCGAGGGCAAGGGCGCAAAGGGCGCGGUCAAGGGCGACACAGCGGCGCUGUAUGGAGUUGCGGGGAGUCUGCCGAACAAGAGCGUGGUCGUGGAUCUGGCAAAGGGCUUCUUGGACACGCUAUACAAGGUGUGA